UCCGUACAUCGGAGGCUGUGCUCUGCAGCGGCGGCAGUACGCGGUGCGGUUCCCGGUGCGUGUGGACCUCCGGUGGAGGAUCAGGAUAAUCCGGUGUCGCCUGCAGUGGACCUCCUCUCUCCGCGGACCCGGAGCCGCGGCUCGCGCCCGGGGGACACCGCCCCCCCCCCCUCCCGCCACAGGUCGCCCCGGUAACUGAAGAAGAGGAGGACGAAUGGAGAGAGAGCGAGGAUGAGCAGAUGAGCGGAUGAGAGAGAGAGAGAGAGAGAGAGGACCCGUGAGAUUCCUCGUCGCUCGGCUUUUAAAGUCAUUAAUGGGACUUUUGCUUGAGGGCCGACGUGGAUCUAUUUGACCUUUGCCCUUUGGUGGAAGUCCUCCUCCCCCUAAUGGCUGGACGCUAGAGACGCCCCUCCUCCUCCUCCUCUUCCUCCUCCUCUUCCUCCUCCUCCUCCGUCGCCAUGGAGAAGACGUACUCGCUGACCGCGCACUACGAUGAGUUCCAGGAGGUGAAGCACGGCGGCCGCUACAGCAGCGACCUGCUCAGCAACGGCAUGACGCUCCACAUGGGCGGCAGCCUGGACCGCCACGUGGGGCGCAACCUCCGGGGCGGCGCCGCGUCCGCCGGCCGCCGCAACCGAGACCCGAAGGGCGGCGCCGUCGCCGGCGGCAACCGGGGGCUCCCCCGCUGGAGCCGCCGGGAGAUCUGCCUGCUGUCGGCGCUGGUGUUCGCCGCCGGCCUGGUGGUGAUCCUCGGCAGCACGCUGGCGCUCAAGUACCUCGCCGUCGAGGCGCAGCUCGACCCGCAGUGCCGGCAGGACUGCCAGCGGCGCCGCGUCCUGCUGCGGGCGGCGCGGUUCGUGCAGGCCAACAUCGACCCGACCAUCCGGCCCUGCCAGGACUUCUAUUCCUUCGCGUGCGGCGGCUGGCUGCGGCGCCACGGCAUCCCCGAGGACAAGCUCAGCUACGGCAUCAUCACCGCCAUCGGCGAGCACAACGAGGAGAAGCUGCGGCGCCUCCUGCUGGAGCCCGUGAGGCGGGGCGGCGCCGCGUCGGCGGAGCGGAAGGUGAAGGAGUUCUACCGGGCCUGCGUGGACAUCGAGGAGAUCGACCGGCUGGGGUCGGACCCCAUGACGGAGGUCAUCGACGGCUGCGGCGGGUGGGACGCGGUCGGCGCCAUGCCCGCCGGCGGCUGGGAGCGGGACGGCGCCCCCGGGAGGCCGGACUUCAACGAGCUGCUGUACCGGACGCAGGGCGUCUACAGCACCGCCGUGUUCUUCUCCCUCACCGUCAACGUGGACGACAAGAACUCGUCCAGGAACGCCAUCAGGAUCGACCAGGAGGGGCUGACGCUGCCCGAGAGGAUCCUCUACCUGGGACAGGACGAGGACAGCCUGAAGAUCCUGGCGGCCUACAAGGCCCUGAUGGAGCGGCUGCUGAGCAUGCUGGGAGCUCACAACGCCACGCAGAAGUCCAAAGAGAUCAUCGAGCUGGAGACCCGGCUGGCCAACAUCACGGUCUCAGAAUACGAUGACCAGAGGAAGGACAUCAGCACCAUGUACAACCGCAUCACCCUGCGGCAGCUGCAGCGCAUCGCCCCCAGUCUCCACUGGAAGCGUCUUCUUGACAGAAUCUUCCACGACAACUUCUCAGAGGACGAGGAGAUCGUGGUGCUCGCCACGGACUACAUCCAGAAGGUCUCUGACAUCAUCAAGACCACCUCCAAGAGGGUCCUCCACAACUACAUGCUGUGGCGCAUCGUGGCGGCGCUCAGCGAGCACCUGUCCACGGCGUUCCGGAGCUCCAUCCACGAGUUUUCCCGCGAGGUGGACGGCACGGAGCAGCAGCUGCAGCCGGGCCGGCUCUGCCUCACGCAGGCCAACAGGCACUUCGGCAUGGCGCUAGGCGCGCUGUUCGUCCAGCAGCACUUCUCCUCGCAGAGCAAGGCCAAGGUCCAGGAGCUGGUGGAGGACAUCAAACACUCUCUGGACCUCCGGCUGCAGGACCUGGACUGGAUGGACGAGGCCACCAAGGAGGCGGCCCGCGCAAAGCUGAAGCACAUGAUGGUGAUGACGGGGUAUCCAGACUACAUGCUCAAACCUGAGCUCAUAGAUCAGGAAUACGGGUUCGACGUGGACAAGAAGACGUACUUCAAGAACAUCCUGAACAGCAUCAAGUUCAACAUCAAGCUGUCGUGCACAGAUCCGCACAACACGCCACACAACACGUGGCUCCUCCCCCCUCAGGCCCUCAACGCCUACUACCUCCCUAACAAGAACCAAAUGGUGUUUCCUGCCGGCAUCCUCCAGCCCACCCUCUAUAAUCCCGAGUACCCGCAGUCUCUGAACUACGGCGGCAUCGGGGCGAUCAUCGGCCACGAGCUGACGCACGGAUACGACGACUGGGGGGGCCAGUACGAUCGCCACGGCAACCUCAAGCAGUGGUGGACGGAGGACUCGUACCGGAAGUUCCAGAAGAAGGCCGAGUGCAUCGUGAAGCUGUACGACAACUUCACGGUCUACAACCAGAGGGUGAACGGCCGCCUGACGCUGGGGGAGAACAUCGCGGACAUGGGGGGACUCAAGCUGUCCUACUUCGCGUAUCAGAAGUGGGUGAGGGAACACGGGCCUGAGAGACCGCUCCCGGGGCUGAAGUACACCCACGAGCAGCUGGUGUUCAUCGCCUUCGCUCAGAACUGGUGCAUGAAGAGAAGAUCUCAGUCCAUCUACCUGCAGCUGCUGACGGACAAACACGCACCGGAGCACUACAGGGUGAUUGGCAGCGUGUCCCAGUUCGAUGAGUUCGCUCGUGUCUUCCACUGCCCGAAGAACUCCCCGAUGAACCCCGCGGACAAGUGCUCCGUGUGGUGACCCCGACACCCCCCCCCCCCCCUGGAUGACUCCCAUCACAGAACGCCUCUCCAUAACAUUACCAGUACUUGUUUUCAAUUCGGACGCCUCUACAACCUGUAGCACGGGUCACAUGACCACGUGCAUAUAUUUCAUUUCAUUAUAUAUAUAUAUAUAUAUAUUUAUAUUUUUCUACAUUUAAAAUUUCCUUUUCAAAUCAUUUAUUUUUCUAUUUUAGCAGAUAUAUCAUAGAAUGUAGCGUAGAGUUCAUAAAGCUAUUUAUUAUUAUUGUUUCUCAGUCACAUCCGACCCUUAAAAAGCUGCUGGCGUCCGUCCUGCGUGUCUGUGAGUCCGCUCUGCUGCCCCCUGGUGGCCGCGGAGGGGGACGGUCGCAUCGUUCGCCUGCAGAUGUUGCUCUCUCUUGUUGCUGUGAGUGUUUGUCUGGUUUUUAAAGAUUUGUCCGACUUUUCGUAAAGAAGAAGAAUCAGAAAGUGAACGUUUCUUUUUUCUCAGGAUUUGUAGCGACGUUAACGAAGGAUCAGAUCUCAGAUCAGUGUUCGACUCGUCGGCCUGUGGAUCAUUAAAAAGAGGAAUUCAACAGCGAUGGCCUGACGUAAGAAGAGUUUCUACGUGUCACGGGUAGAGCGUCAAACAUUUGUACGAUGUGUUAUUUU